UCUCUCACUCUGCUUACUAUGCCCACUCGCCGACUCAUUGCACCGCACUAACCGAGGCACUACACUGCCUGUUCACUGCCUGCUCAACAGGAGGCGUCACUGCACUCAUGCCUGUCGAGCUCGCCAAUCACCAACAACAGAUCACGCGCGCGCGCGCGAGGGGAUAUUUCAAGAUGGGUGGCGAACUCAUGCCGUGUCGUUGCCCUGCGUAGCCCAAUGGUGCCUGCGCCUGUACAUCUCAGCCUCACCGAGACACGGCUACUACGAGUUUCCACUUGGACUAUGACUUGGAGGGGCUCCGAGGGGGCGCCAGAUGUCAUCGUCGGCCCCAUGGGACUAACGCGCGACCGGCGAGCACGAAGUCAAAAAGCGUCCAGCCAACAUACCCGUGCACCCCUCCAGUACACUCCAUGUUCGAUCUCGGCAGCGCCGAAGCCUCUCUUGCAGCGUUGCGUGGUCCCGUACACCAUUAUGCGCUGCAGCGUGCCUUGCUUCUACGGAAGGCCUCCUGCCGCUCGAUGCAUGUGGGCGUCCCCUCCUCAAUUGACGGGAUAUCGCGUCAGUAUCUGCGAUGGGCGGGCUAAUUCCGCAAUUCAGAGGACGGACUCGGCUGUGAACUACAACCGGGACCAGACGUGGUUAACACUCAAGGCCAUAAAAGUCACAUUGCCAGAACUUCGUAUUACAACCCUUCCAGUUUCGCACACGCAAGACAGAGGCUUCUCCGCUUGGCGCUUGGCUAUCUUCCCGGAAGAUGCAUUCGGGGUGGAAGCCUACUCAUUCCGGCCCACUCACGCUCCUCUGACUUGUUCCUGCCACUCUCACCUCGACUACAGAUACUUGCUGACCUCCUCCAUCAUGUGUACUGAGUGGUUUACUCGCCUGUUUUCUAACUGUGAUAUUACGCGCUAUUCCCUGUGUCGUUAUCAAACUUCUGCCUCACCCUCCUAAGAGACGAGAUAUGCGGGCGUCUUCGCCAUCUCUCCCAGCGGCAACUUGGCGGAGUGGUUAACGCGAUUGACUAGAAUCCUCGGUGCUCAACAAGAGCAGGUGGUGAUCA